UGAUGGUAUUAUUGGGUGAGACGAGUGAGAGUGAGAGUGAGAAUGAAAAAGAAGAGUAACGCUGUUGACUUUAUUGGGUGAGACGGGAAGAGUGAGAAUGAAAAAGGUUUUGGUGACCGGCGCUUCCGGUUACUUAGGGGGCAGACUCUGCCAUGCCCUACUGAGACACGGCCACUCCGUCCGAGCGUUCGUCCGUCCGACCAGCGAGCUCUCCUGCCUUCCUCGGCCUACCGACGGCGAUGAUUGCGGCGGAUCUCUGGAGCUCGCCUACGGAGACGUCACCGACUAUGGGUCCCUCCUCGACGCCUGCUCCGGAUGCCAUGUCAUCUUCCAUGCCGCCGCCCUGGUCGAACCUUGGCUUCCAGAACCUUCCAAAUUGUUCUCGGUUAAUGUUGGAGGUUUGAAGAACGUACUGCAAGCAUAUAAAGAAACAAAGACAGUGGAGAAGAUAAUAUACACGUCGUCGUUUUUCGCUUUGGGAUCAACUGAUGGAUAUGUCGCAGACGAGAGUCAAAUUCACCCUGCGAAGUUCUUCUGUACGGAGUAUGAGAAAUCGAAGGCUGUUGCCGAUAAGAUCGCUAUUGAUGCCGCGGCGAAGGGGGUGCCAAUAGUAGCGGUUUAUCCCGGAGUUGUAUAUGGUCCUGGCAAGGUCACAACUGGAAAUAUCGUGGCACGAAUGAUAAUUGAACGCUUCAAUGGUCGGUUACCUGGUUAUGUAGGCUAUGGAAACGAUAUGUUUUCAUUUAGUCAUGUUGACGAUGUAGUAGAGGGGCACAUUGCAGCUUUGAACAAAGGUCGACCAGGUGAAAGAUAUCUUCUGACAGGAGAAAAUGCAUCCUUCAUGCAUGUUUUUGAUAUAGCUGCCAGUAUCACUCAGACAAAAAGGCCUUGGUUUAAUAUCCCUUUGUUGGUGAUUGAGACUUAUGGAUGGUUGUCGAUUCUCUUCUCUAGAAUAACAGGAAAGCUUCCCCUGAUCAGCCCACCGACUGUGUAUGUUCUCAAACAUCAAUGGGCCUACUCUUGCGAAAAGGCCAAGUUAGAGCUGGAUUAUAACCCUAGAAGCUUGAAAGAAGGUCUGGCGGAGGUACUCCCCUGGUUGAAGAGCUUGGGCUUGAUAAAAUACUAGAAGGAUACAGCCUCGAGGUUGUAUUGUUGAUACUUCCCGCUAAGGUCUUGGUAUGACAUACGGUACACAACCGCGGACAGAGGGAUAGAGAGGGAAAAUGUGAUGCACAUUCUUGAUGGCUAGUUUAGUUUGACUGAAACGAUGGAUGUGCAAUCAGUAAAACCUUCAAGUCCAGUUUGAUUCUUGAACCAGUAGACCAUCUCAUGAGGGAACGUAUUUUGUUUAGAUGUAAAUCCUGAAUUUGCUCUUAUCUGUUUUAAAUUUCACUUGUACCCCCGAAAAAUCCCACAGAAUUGUUAAUUUUCAUUGUGAUUUUACAGUGGAGAAAGAAAAAUUGUGUGGCUAACUCUAUAUGAAUAAGACAAAGGUAUGGAUGAUGACGACGGCAACAAUUUACUUUUUUCCUUCAA